AUGUAUAGUGAAAACAUAUUGGACAAGCAAGGAAGGAAUGUGCCACAAUUUUCAAAUAAUUUUCCAGGUCGUACAUGGGCUCAACUUUUUUUAAAGAGACACAAAUCAGAGCUUUCGCAUAGGUUCUGCAGCAAUAUUAAACGUGUCCGAGCUGCAGUAAAUGAAGAAGCUAUCAAGAACUAUUUCAAUCAUUUGAAAAUGGAAAUUGAGAAUAUCCCACCUCACUUGAUUUAUAAUUACGAUGAGACUAAUUUAGUUGAUGACCCAGGAAAGAAAAAAGUUCUAACGAAACGUGGCACAAAAUAUCCAGAGGCUAUUAAAAACUCAACGAAAGCCGCCUUUAGUCUGAUGAUGUGUGGAAAUGUCGCAGGUCAACUGUUACCGCCAUAUGUUAAUUACAAAGCUGAACAUUUGUGGGACACUUGGACCGAAGGAGGACCUUCCAAUACUCGAUACAAUCGAUCUAAAUCGGGUUGGUUUGACGCUAAUAGUUUUGAAGAUUGGUUUUUCACCACAGUGUUACCGGCACUGAGAAGAGAAGAAGGAAAGAAAGUAAUAAUUGGAGACAAUUUAAGCUCACAUCUCAGCUACAAGGUAGUCAAAGCAUGCGAAGACCACAACAUAGCGUUCGUCGCAUUGCCGCCUAACAGUACACACCUUACACAACCGCUGGACGUGGCAUACUUCCGACCUCUCAAAGUCCAUUGGCGGAAAAUACUGGAUGAAUGGAAAUCUACGCGAGAAGGUCAGGUUUUGCCUACCAUUCCAAAACAGACAUUCCCUUCACUGCUUAAUCAGUUAUGGGAAAAAAUUGCAUCAAAAACUGAAGACAACCUAAAAGCUGGCUUUUUAAAAACAGGGAUUUUCCCAACUAAUGAACAGCCAGUGCUUGAGAGACUUCCUACGUUCAAACACCCUGAGCCAACCUUAGAUCCAGAGGCCGUCGGAGAGUCAUUCAUCCAAUUUCUUGAAAAUAAGCGGCAAGCUGUAGUGUGUCAAGGAAAAGGAGGUCGCAAGAGAAAAUUGAAUGUAGAUCCCGGAAAAAGCGUAUCUUCUGAAGAACUCAAAAGAGUCCUGUCCGAACCUUCAACCUCCACAAGCAACAAAAAUGGAAGAAAGAAAAAAAAACAAGAUUCGGAAACUGAAACAGAUUCAGAAGAAGACCAGGCAGUGGAAACUAUUGACGAUUCAGAUUCCGAUGGCCCGCUAAAUGAGGAAGCCGACGAUUGGGAAGAUGAAAAUAUACAACAGCAGCAUGAUAGUUCUCCUCACAAUGCAUCGCUGCAAUAUGUUCCGGAAGAUUAUGUUGUAGUGGCGUAUGAGGGGGAACUAUGGCCUGGCCAGAUAGAAUCUAUCGAAGAAGAAGGAGCCUACGUAAAAUGUAUGGCCCGUUCUGGACUGUUGUGGAAAUGGCCAGAAAAAGAGGACAAAAUAUUUUACCCUCUCGGUGAUAUUAAAUAUAAAACUGAGGAGCCCAAAAAAAUGAGCACCAAAAGGUCUUUAUUCCGAGUUCCGGAGCUAGAAAGUAGGUGGGGAAAUCCCAAAAAAUAA